UUUUUUUUUUUUUUGCUGCUGCUGGUGUCUGGAGCGUCUCCGCGUUUUAAUCCCAAGAGGUACCUGAGGUGAUUUUGGUUGGUCGCGAUUAGGGAUUCUGUGGGGUCAGUGACGGAGGGGUUGUCCGUGGAGUCAUGAUGAUGGUUUCGAGGUUCAGUGACGGGGGAGGUCUGUGGCGUCCGUUGAUGAGUUUUGGGAGGUUGGUGAUAGGGGCCUCUGGGCAGUGGGGAUCUUUGGGGUGAGUCACUGGGAUUUGUGGGUUCAGUGGUGGGAGUCAGGUCAGUGACAGGGCCUGUGGCGUCAGCUCUGGGCAUCUGUGGGGUCUGUGAUGAGUUUACUUUCUAAACAUUCACAAUUUUGGUGCAUAGCAUUUUCUUUAUUGUUCAAAUCUCAGUGUUUUGGGUAUUUUAAAAAUUUCAGUUAUUUUUUCUUUGACCCAUGAAGUACAUUCUCUUUCACAUAAUGCCUGUGGGUAAUGCUCGAGUUUAAGAAUUUUUUUAUGGCCUAGUUCAUGGUCAGUUUUCAUAAAUGUCACCUCUAGUACAUAAAAACGGUGUGUAUUCUCUAUUAAUUGUAUUGUUUCAUAUUAUAUUAAGCAGAUUUUUGUCUGCUUAAUUAAUUACAGAGAAAGGUACGCUCACACUGGGCAGGUGAUUUGUCCACUUGUCCUUCCUUCUGUCUGUUUCUGCUUUAUGUAUUUGAAACGAUUAUUAGGAACAGCUAUGUGUAUUUUUAGUAAUAGCUAUGACUAAAUAACUCAAAAGAUGUUAUAGCAAUUCAAGCUCCCACCCACAAUCUGUACAAGAGCUCAUUUCCCCAAAUGCUUUCCAGCACGGGAUUCUUUUUGUUAAGUUUCUGCAGUAUUGAGGGAGAAUUACAUCUCAUUGCUCUGAUGCAUUUUCCUGUUAGUAAAGUUGGCAUUGUUCUGGUUAAUUGCCAUUUAAAUGUCCUUUCCUGUGAAUUUUUAUAUCCUUUGUCUGUUUUUUUUCUGAGCUUUUUCUUUUUUUUUGAUUGCUAGAUGUUUUUUUCUUUUAAAUAUUAGGGAUAGCCUAUCAUCACAUAUUGAAAAGUUUUUGUCUGUAUCUUCGUUUUGAUUUAUAAGGUGUAUUUUAACAUGUAAUUAAGAAACAUCAUAUAAUCAGAAAUAUUUGUUUGUUCUCUUAUAAUUUCUGGGUUUUCUCUCAGGUGAAUAAAGUCCCUCCUACCCCACUACAACAUUGUACAAACAUAUACUCCUAAAAUUUAUUUUAAUAUUCUUUGUGUUUUUUAAAGUACAUAUACUUAAAAUAUCUGGUCCUGCUGGAAUUCGGUCUAACGUACAGUGUGUGACGGGGAUCUGGUGUGUUUUGUUCCAGGCGGAUGGCCAAUUAUGUCAGCGGCAUUGACACAAUGAAUGUCUUGUUCACACUUAAUUGUUCCUUGGUGUCUCUGGGGAGCCCCUGGGCCAGAUCUUCCUCCGCACUCCAGCCUACCUCUACCCCAGCAGCCCUGCUUGAGUUCACAGAUGCCCAUCAAGCUUUAGGCUCUUGAGAGAAUAAAGGUUGAGACCCGACAUGACCAUGCCAGCUAAUUGGACCUCUCCCCAGAAAUCCCUGGUCCUGGCUCCUGAGGAACGUGGCAGCUCAUGUGAGGGAUCAGUGUCCUUCAAGGACGUGGCUGUAGAUUUCAGCAGAGAGGAGUGGCAGCAUCUAGACCUUGCUCAAAGAAACCUGUACCGAGAUGUGAUGCUGGAGACAUACAGCCACCUGCUCUCAGUAGGGUAUCAAGUUCCUGAACCAGAGGUUUUCAUGUUGGAGCAGGGGAAGGAGCCAUGGGCACUGCAGGGUGAGAGCCAGCAUCAGAGCUGUCCAGAAGAAUUGUGGCAGAUUGGUGACGAGGUAAAGAGCUGUCAGCCAAGAGAAAACAAAUCUUUAAGAGAUGUUGCUUUCAUCGAGAAAAUAUUGACUACAGAGAGAGAUUAUGAAUAUAAGAACAUUAGGAAAAUAAUUCAUGUAAACCGAAACAUUUCUUCCCUAAGACGACCCCAUCAGUGUGACUCAUUUGGGAAUGCUUUGAAGCAUAAUUUAGAUUUACACAGUCAUAAUAGAAACAGCGCAUCAAAGAACAUUAAUAAGAUUACCGAAUAUGGUAAAAUUUCUUCCUGUACUGACCAUGAGUGUACUCCAGCAGGAGAGAAAUUAUGGGACCAUAAUCAAUAUGGAAAAAUCCUCAGCUAUAAACACGCACCCUCUCAACAUCAGAAAAUUCAUACUGGGGAGAAAUCUUACGAAUGUGCUGAAUUUGGAAAGAUCUUCACCCAGAAGCCACAACUCAAGGUACACCUGAAAGUUCAUACAGGAGAAAAACUCUAUGUAUGUAUUGACUGUGGGAAGGCUUUUGUACAGAAGCCAGAAUUCAUUACACAUCAGAGAACCCACACUAGAGAGAAGCCCUAUAAGUGCAGUGAAUGUGGAAAAGCUUUUUUCCAAGUAUCUUCUCUUUUCAGGCAUCAGAGAAUUCAUACUGGAGAAAAACUCUAUGAAUGCAGUGAAUGUGGGAAAGGCUUCUCUUAUAACUCAGAUCUCAGUAUACAUCAGAAAAUUCAUACGGGAGAGAGACAUCAUGAAUGCACUGAUUGUGGCAAAGCAUUCACACAAAAGUCCACACUCAGGAUGCAUCAGAAAAUUCAUACAGGUGAGAGAUCCUAUAUAUGUAUUGAAUGUGGCCAGGCCUUCAUCCAGAAGACACACUUGAUUGCACAUCGAAGAAUUCAUACUGGAGAAAAACCAUAUGAAUGCAAUAACUGUGGGAAGUCCUUCAUUUCCAAGUCACAACUCCAGGUGCAUCAACGAGUUCACACAAGAAUGAAACCCUUUAUAUGCACCGAAUAUGGGAAAGUCUUCAGUGGUAGCUCCAACCUCAUUACACAUAAGAAAGUUCAAAUUAGAGAGAAAUCUUCUGUUUGUACUGAAUGUGGUAAGGCCUUUACCUAUAGGUCAGAGUUGAUUAUACAUCAGAGAAUUCACACUGGAGAAAAACCUUAUGAAUGCAGCAAUUGUGGAAAAGCCUUCACUCAGAAGUCAGCACUCACAGUGCAUCAGAGAAUUCAUACAGGAGAAAAAUCAUAUGUAUGCCUGAAAUGUGGGCUAGCCUUCAUCCAAAAGGCACACUUGAUUGCACAUCAAAUAAUUCAUACGGGAGAGAAACCUUAUAAAUGUAGUCACUGUGGGAAAUCCUUUACUUCCAAGUCACAACUGCACGUGCAUAAACGAAUUCAUACAGGAGAGAAACCCUAUAUGUGCACUAAAUGUGGGAAAGCAUUCACCAACAGGUCAAAUCUCAUUACACAUCAGAAAACUCAUACAGGAGAAAAAUCCUAUAUAUGUCCUAAAUGUGGCAAGGCCUUCACACAAAGGUCAGACUUGAUUACACAUCAGAGAAUUCAUACUGGAGAGAAACCUUAUGAAUGCAGUACCUGUGGAAAAGCCUUCACCCAGAAGUCACAUCUCAAUAUACACCAGAAAAUUCACACUGGAGAGAGACAGUAUGAAUGCCAUGAAUGUGGGAAAGCUUUCAACCAGAAAUCAAUACUCAUUGUGCAUCAGAAAAUUCAUACAGGAGAGAAACCCUAUGUUUGCACUGAGUGUGGAAGAGCCUUCAUCCGGAAGUCAAACUUCAUUACUCAUCAGAGAAUUCAUACUGGAGAAAAACCUUAUGAAUGCAGUGAUUGUGGGAAAUCCUUCACCUCCAAAUCUCAGCUCCUGGUGCAUCAACCAAUUCACACAGGAGAAAAACCGUAUGUGUGUGCUGUGUGUGGGAAAGCCUUUAGUGGCAGGUCAAAUCUCAGUAAACACCAAAAAACUCACACUGGAGAAAAGCCCUACAUCUGUUCUGAAUGUGGGAAGACCUUCAGACAGAAGUCAGAGUUGAUUAUACAUCAUAGAAUUCAUACUGGAGAGAAGCCUUAUGAAUGCAGUGACUGUGGCAAAUCUUUUACUAAGAAAUCACAGCUCCAAGUGCAUCAACGAAUUCACACAGGAGAGAAGCCUUAUGUGUGUGCUGAGUGUGGGAAGGCCUUCACUGACAGGUCAAAUUUGAAUAAACACCAGACAACACACACUGGAGACAAACCCUACAAGUGUGUGGUCUGUGGGAAAGGCUUUGUUCAGAAGUCAGUGCUCAAUGUGCACCAGAGUAUUCACACUUGAGAGAAACAGUAGAAAAAAACCUCAGUGAGAGCAGGUCUGAUUGUACAUUAUUGAAUUCAUGCAGCAAAAUAAUAUAUAUGUUAUUGUAAGUAGAAAUGCCCAUCAGAAUGUUGCAUAUUACAGAAGAGGACCACUGAGAGGGCCCUGAAUGAGGGAUGCUCUUCUCACAUUGUCACCGGCCUUAUUAAACCUUGGGGCAUUCAUACUGAGAAGGAACUUCGUCUGUUUGAUAUGUUCGAAGAAGCCUUCUCAUGAAAAAUACAAUGGAACACUGUUACCAAAUUCGGCAUAGGACAGAUUAUGUUACAUCAUGUUAAUGAUAAUCCUGUUUACUGUGGGAUAGGAAAAGUCCAACAAGUUGAAUGGUAGGACAACAUAAUAUAUACGAUAGUGACAAACCCUAAGUUCUGUGAGAUAUUUGUUGCAGAAAACAUUGUCUAACAGAAGUUGGGGUAUUUUUUCUUUUUUUUUUUUCUUGACUCUAACAUGGUUGUGCAUAUCCAAUCCCCCAUCAAUUAUUUCCAUCAAGAAAGAGAUACCACAAUAAAAAACAGCUCUUUAUGUGUGCAGACACAAA